GAUACCUGGCAGGAAACUCUAAAUCAGACUAAUAGUCCCAUGUCUUGAUGUGUUGCAGGUCGGGCAGCAUUCUUCCCAGCAGACCCCUUUAGAUGUUAUGACAUGUGACCUGCGCAGUUCAGUUGAGUUCAUUUACCUCCUGCAGUGACAGAAACCAGAGCAACCAUGGCAGUCGAAAAUGUGAGUGUGGUCUUCAAGCUGUACUGCCUGACGGUGAUGACCCUGGUGGCUGCCACAUACACAGUGGCGCUCAGGUACACGAGGACCAUCUCAGCCGGAGACCUGUACUUCUCCACGACUGCAGUGUGCAUCACUGAGGUCAUCAAGUUAAUACUGAGUCUGGGGAUGCUGUCAAAUGAAACGGGGAGCCCUUCCAGACUGAAGAAAGCCUUAGUGGAACACGUUCUGUGCAGCCCCAAAGAGCUGCUGAAGCUGAGUGUGCCCUCGCUGGUGUACGCCGUUCAGAACAACAUGGCCUUUCUAGCAUUGAGUAACCUUGAUGCAGCGGUUUAUCAGGUGACCUAUCAGCUGAAGAUCCCGUGCACAGCGUUGUGUACAGUCCUCAUGCUGAACCGCUCUCUCAGCCGGCUGCAGUGGUUCUCUGUCUUCAUGCUCUGCGGGGGCGUGACGCUCGUUCAGUGGAAGCCCGCAGAGGCUACUAAAGUCCAGAUUGAACAAAAUCCUUUUGUUGGCUUUGUGGCCAUCGCUAUUGCUGUGCUCUGCUCUGGAUUUGCAGGUGUGUACUUCGAGAAGGUGCUGAAGAGUUCCGACACGUCUCUGUGGGUGAGAAACAUCCAGAUGUACCUGUCCGGCAUCGUGGUCACCCUGAUCGGCGUUUUUGUCAACGAUGGAGAUAAUGUCUUGGAGAAAGGCUUCUUCUUCGGUUACACUCCCUGGGUGUGCUUUGUCGUUUUCCUGGCCAGUGUGGGUGGUCUGUACACGUCGGUGGUGGUGAAGUACACGGACAACAUCAUGAAAGGAUUCUCUGCUGCCGCCGCCAUCCUCCUCUCGACCGUGGCGUCUGUGCUCCUGUUUGGACUACAGAUAACCGUCUCUUUUGCCUCCGGAUCCUUCCUGGUGUGUAUUUCCAUCUACCUGUACGGACUCCCAAAGCAAGACACAAGCAAGCUGAAAAAUGUGGAUCACACGGACCCAGAAUCCAAACAGAAACUGAUCAGUGUGUGAGCCCUCAACCUCACGGACCAGGUCUUUCCUGGAGGGGGGGGGGGGGGGGUCCAGGUCAGCUCUUAUGACCCAAGAGGAGAUUUGGAAGCCACAGUGAACUCUUUUAAGUUGAAUUGGCUCCUCAGUUCAUCACAUAGACGACUAUUGUCCUUCAGUCCAGCUCACACUUACCCACAUGAGACCCGUGACAGUGAUAUGAAUUUUGGGAUAAUAUGAGAUAACGUUGUUUUUUUAUUUCCGUUAAUCUGCCUUUUUUUUAUUUUUUUUUUAAAAGAUGAUAAGAAAUCAGAAACAAUCAGAGAGGUCUUUGUAAUUUAUCUUCAGCCAAUGUUGGAGCUGUUAACACAAACAUGACUGUGUAUUUGGGAUCAGAGGUACGUAUAUAAAUAUCCUCAUCAUGAAGGUUUUUAUUUUAUUUUAGUCUGUUCAAACUGUAAUGUGUGUAUCUCACUUUGUUAUCACAGAGUGCUGAUUGUGAAUGUGCCCGGCUCACAGAGACACACAGAUGACGACAGAAUGCAAUUGUGAUUACUUGUUUAUGACAUCAUCUCUUCAGUGUCUUUUAUCUUUUUGUAUCACAUCUAUGCUGCCUUUUCUCUUAAGUCAUAUUUAAUUUGAUUAAAAGUGACUGGAAAAAGCUUCAA